AUGUGCAGAAGACUGGUCCAGAUAUUUGGCUGUGUUUUGGCCACUGUGGGCUGGGCGUUUGUGGCCAGCACACUGGCCAUGGACUACUGGAGGGUGUCUCAGACUGGGGACCAAGGAGGAUCAGCUGCAAUUGGAGUGGCCUGGUACUGGUCCAGCCUGUGGAAGGAUUGCUACGUCAACUCAGUCGCUGUCGUCAACUGUGUGGACUUCGAGGUGCUGUGGUCUGUUGAAUCAUACGUCCAAGGAGUGAGGGGUUUGCUGAUCACCGGGCUGACGUUGAGUCUGCUGGCCACAGCGUUUUCCAUCGUGGGGCUGGAGUGCACUGUUAUUGGAGGCGACAAACGUAAUAACGACCGGAUGCUUCUAACGGCCGCCGUGCUCCAUUUCGUUGGCGGUGUCUCGGACAUCGCCGGUUAUUGCCUGUACAUAAACAGUGUUGUGUCCACAGUUGUCCAUGGUGGAAUACUCUCCUUCAGUCAGAUAUCCGACAGUGCCCCUCACUCAAGGAGACGGCCCAUACUCUCCCAGAUGGAACAGUCCACCAAGACUCAAGUCCAGACCUCCCACACUCCCAAGAUCACCAUCAAGAUCAAGACCAUCAACACAGUCCAGACAAUCCACUCAUUCCAAAAAUGCUACACACUCAAGACUAGACACACAGUCCAUGUUAUACGCCAAAACAGAGAGACACUCCACCAUUUCCAGGGAGUCCAGAGGUUCUAA